AAUUGAAAUAAGGCGCUGUGGCAAUAUCUUGUGGUAUAAUAUUAAUAUAUUAUUAAUUGAAAAUAGAACAAAAUUACGAUGGCCUGGCUGAGGUUACAGCUACUACGUAAUAGAAGUUUUUCUGUUGUGUGCGUUAGUAAGAAGCGUGUUUCUGAAGUACUGCGAGAAAACCGACUGCUGUUGAUGUCAUUAAGUGGAAUAGCAGCAAAAGAUAAACACUGGAAGCCUUGGAUAAUUGAUGUGCUUGAAAAUGAACCUGUUUAUUUGCGGUAGUUUGCUAUCUGACCCGUUAUUUGUCGUUCUAAAUGGAGAAAUGCAUCUGAAUUGAAACAGCUCCACGUGAAAUGUACAUUCAAACCUGCUGAAAUGGCUGCCAGAGAUAAAGCUGGGACAUUGACAAACAGACACAAGAUGUAGAGAUGCUGCAAGUAGACCAACCUCACUUUCAGCAUGUCCUGCAGAUUGUGUCUGCGUUGGAGGCAGUCGUCCUUCGUAGUUUUGGUCCUAAUGGGGGACAGGUGCUUUUUACCAAAGACACGGGAGAAGCCAUAGUCACCCGCAGUGGGACACGCAUUCUGACCGCCCUUAGACUGAAGCAUCCACUGGCCCGGAUGGUGGUGGACUGUGUUUGGAAACAUAGCAGAGCAACAGGAGAUGGAUCCAAGAACUUCAUCCUCCUGCUUGCAUCAUUGCUGCGCAUGUUUCAAACAGCUUUACAGACUACCACUGCCUGGCGAUUGGCGUACGAACUUCGGGAAUUUGGGAUGAUGAAACUGGAUGAAAUCAUCUGUCUUGGGGUGCUACCUUACGGAUUCUGCGCUAAAUUAGAAAAUGACCCUCUGGACACGCACUAUCUCUGUGUUAAAAAGCUAUUGACCCCCUUUUUUCAGACUCGUCUCGGUCAAACACACUGUGACAUGAUCAGCCACCUGACCUGUGAAUUUCUCAUGCGUUCCAGAGUCGCAAACAAUCACCCGUCUUCAGGACUUCACUUUGUCUACACCAACUUUCCGGCUUUGCAUACGACUGUUUCAGGCGUUCCUGUCACCUGUUCACGGUUGAUUGAGGGGCAGGUCAUUCACAGCGACUUCGCAGUUCAUUUCCCGCAAACUGACAAGCAGCCAGUUAAGGCUGUGGUUUUUACACAGCAUGUGCAGCCAAAGUUGCUUGGUGAGGGGGACAUACUAACGGUGGGAUUUGAAGACCAAGCAUUCAAGAAGAAAAGCAUUGUGGAGUUCACUGCCUGGUCAGAAAAGUCACUUCAGCUGGUGUUUGCAAGCCUGCAGUCCUUUGGUGUGUCUGUGCUGCUGUCCGCAGUGAAACAAUCCGCUGCUUUCCUGGCUUUGGCUGCACAAGCAGAGAUGUGUGUUGUGGAGUGCGUCAGCGAAGAUGAACUGUCUCUGUUUGCCCGUCUUAGCAGGACCGCACCUGUCUUAGACUGCUGCGCGAUUGAAGCAGUGAAUGUUGCCACGUUGACCUUUUGCUGUCCGCUGACACUAGGAGUACAAAGAUAUGUUCAUGUUGCUUUUCCCCAUUCAGAGCAAGAUGUCGUCGUAAACCUCAGCAGUCUGGUUAUUUGUGGAUCAGGAAAGGAGCAGACAGAUCAGUACGCAUCUGCCUUUCAAGACUCCAUCAGGAUGCUUCUUACAACAUACGAACCCAGGGGCACAACAACGCUGUCCGACGAAAGAACAUGCUUACUCACGGAUGAGAAAACAGAGUCGGCGUCUUCCAGUGCACCUGAUCUUCAGCAGCACGUGCUGGACUCAUGCUGCGUCGUGCCAGCUGGGGGCGCCUUUGAGAUUCUCUUAAGUCGCGCACUCCUACAACAUGGGGAUAAGUAUCCAGUUUCUCGGCUCUUGUCAGAUGCCCUCUUAAGUGUUUCCCGACACAUUUGUACCCAAACCUCGGGUCGUUUCUCGCCAGCCCAAGCCAAGGUUCUUACUCAAUGUGACGGCUUUUCGUCAAAAGCUGUUAUGUCUGGGUCCAGCCUUGAAUCUGUGUCAUGUAAACACAUACUGCUUCAGUCUGUGUUGUGGUGUGCCACCAGUCUUCUGCGGGUGGACAAGAUACUUUACACACAUGUUGUCCUAAACACAGACUCACAAAAAUCUGCAGGUGAUUCCUGGGAUGAUACGGGUUAAGCUGUACAACUGGCGUCUCAAAUUUCCAGCUCGGGCGUCAUUCCCGGCCACAUCUGGCUCGUAACUAUACAGUCAGUAUGUCGGUAAUAAUUUUUUUUUUUUUACUCUUGAGAUAAGUUAUUUACUUUUAGUUGUUAAGGAUUUGGAAGCCUACAUAGCCGUCUUUCGAUAAUUUAUUUCUUGUCAUUUUUAAAAAAAAAAAAAUCCAAACGUGUUUGUUAUAGAUAGGCCGAUACCACUUUCUUAAUAUCCAGUAUAAAUAUUGCAAAGUAGGGUAUCUGCUGAUACUGAUACCAUUCUGAAAUACCUUCCUGUUACCUUGACACCUUUUCUUUAUGUUUGUAUAUAUGUAGCUGUGUGUUUUUGUUUCAAUAUUACUGUAUUUGCCAGACUAAAAGUUGCUCCGGAGUAUAAGUUGCACUAGCCAAGGGAGACUUACAGGAGUAGCAGAUACUGGUACACAAGGCUAGAGUGCCCUCUAGAGGCUGUCAGUGUGAAAAUAAACCCAGCCAAAGAAUGAAAAAAGGUGCGUCUUAUAGUCCAGAAAAUACAUUAUAUUUCCUACUUUUUUUUCUGAAUUUACUGGGAAGCAUUUUGUCGAUUCUCUAUUUGAAAAGUGCUAUACAAAUAUAUAAUAUCCAUAUGCUUUUUGAGAACUGGUUCUGAGAACCUUUACCUGGUAAAACGGGGGGGGGGAGUAAAUCAAUUUUUAUUUUAAACAAAACACUGACGGUACACAGCACAGUAGUUGGGUAUCGCUGGCCUACCUAGUCAACAAUUAACAAGACAAAAUAGAUUAUAUUUAUAUAUUUAUAUAUUUAUAUUUAUAUUUGGACAUUGAGGAAAUCUUGAGCUCUGAAGACAUUGGGCCUUGGGUGCCAGCUUCAAGUGCCCUGACUCUCUUUUUGGUUUCAAAAACUGAUGUGGAAAAAAAU